CCUCACUGGAUCUGGAACCCUGACUGACAUUCUCUCCCAGUUUGGUUUGAUAGAAAAUCACGCUGAGAAGAUUCUGCUAGAGAUCCUAGAUGCUAGAGGUACCAGAUCAGGAGGAACUAGUUCUGACUAUAUUUGGUGGCAGAACAAGGUAAAACGUCUUGAUCAGGUAUCAAAAACAGGAAAGAAAAAGGAACAUUUACAAGACCACAGAGGAGGACAGAGCAUCGUCUCCAGUACUCCAUCAUUUCUCUCUAAAUACUGACAUGUCUAAAGAUCAUCCUACAGUCUUCAGUAAUGAUCCUGGACAACCAGGGCCAAAAGUUUCACACUGGGAGAAACAGGGGAAUAUCUGGAGGAAGGUGGAGAGGGAAGGAGCAGGGUCUCCGUCGCCCUGCAAUGUUAACCAUUCAAAACCUCUUCCUGUACAACCCAGUAAUUAUCCUGACCCAAGAGAUCUAAGAUGGAGGAAGAGGAGCAAUGCAGAGUGUGGAGAAAGACUUAGAAACAGAGCUGGACCGCAAGAAAACAACCAGAGCAGCUGUUUGGCAGAGGAAAAGCUGUUUGAUGUCCGACCAGAGUUCGUAAACAGGGUUGCUUCAGAUGUCCUGACUCAGCUCCUUGAAAGCCUUCAAAGAGAUCGUGUUUUUACUUCUUCAGAGAAACAGAGAAUACUUGAAAUGAACCCAGUCACAGCAGACAAGGCCCGCUGCAUUAUAGAUAAUGUGAUGAAAAAGGGAGAGGAAGCCAGCAAAACGAUGAUCCAACAUCUUCAGCUCAUAGAUCCUAAACUGUCCUAUCAGCUGUGUUUGUCCUCUUCUUCUUCUGCUCAGCCAGAUGUUAAUAGUCGAUGUCAACAUGACCUUAAAGUGUCUCUGAAGAAGAAGUUUGAAUGUGUCUAUGAAGGCAUUGCUAAAGCUGGAGAGGAAACCUUUCUUAAUGAAAUCUACACAGAGCUGUACAUCACAAAAGGAAAGAGUAGAGAAGUCAAUGAUGAACAUGAGGUCAGGAUGAUUGAAGCAAUAUCCUGGAAAAAAAACAGACCAGAAACAGCAAUCAGGCCAGAAGACAUCUUCAAUCCAUUUGGAAGAAGGGAUCGGAUCAGAACUGUGAUGACAAUGGGUGUGGCUGGCAUCGGGAAAACGAUCUUAACACAGAAGUUCACUCUGGACUGGGCUGAAGGCAGAACCAACCAGAACAUCCAGUUCAUAUUUCCAUUCACCUUCAGACAGUUGAAUGUUCUAAAAGAGGAAAAGUUCAGCCUAGUGGGACUGAUUCAUAAACACUUUAAGCCGGUUAGGGAUGCAGGGAUUUGCAGCUUUGAACAAUUCCAGAUUCUGUUCAUCUUAGACGGUCUCGAUGAGAGUCGACUUCUUCUGGACUUCAAGAACAACGUGACUCUGAAUGAUGUGACAGAGUUAACCUCAGUGGAUGUUCUGCUGACUAACCUCAUCAGGGGGGAACUGCUUCCCUCGGCUCUCCUCUGGAUAACCACGCGACCUGCAGCAGCCAGUCAGAUCCCUCCUGAGUGUGUUGGCAUGGUGACAGAGGUCAGAGGUUUCACUGAUCCACAGAAGGAGGAGUACUUCAGGAAGAGGUUCAAAGAUGAAGAGAAGGUCAGCCGGAUCAUCUCCCAUGUUAAGAGAUUAAAAAGUCUCUUCAUUAUGUGUCACAUCCCAGUCUUCUGCUGGAUCACUGCUGAUGUUCUGGAGGGUAUGUUGGAGACCAGAGAUGGAGGAGAUCUGCCCAAGACCCUGACUGAGAUGUACAUCCGCUUCCUGAUGAUUCAGAGUAAAAAGAAGGAAGAAAAGUAUCUUAGAGGAGCUGGAAAAGAUUCAGACAUCAGGAAGAUGCUUCAGUCUCUUGGAAAACUGGCAUUUAAGCAUCUGCUGAAAGGAAACCUGAUCUUCUAUAAACCAGACCUGGAAAAGUGUGGCAUCAACAUCAAAGAUGCUUCCUGGUUCUCAGGGGUGUUCAAUGAAAUCUUUAAAAAGGAGAAAGGGAUGGACGACACCUCAGUCUACUGCUUUGUUCAUCUUAGCUUCCAGGAGUUUCUGGCUGCAGCCUACAUGCUCCAGUGCUUCACCAGCAGAAAUACAAAAAAACUCAGGAAGUUCUUUGGGUAUUUAUACAUCUGCCCAUCUCUGGAGGAUUUCCUGAAGAGAGUCAUGGAGAAAUCCCUCAGCAGUAAAAAUGGCCACCUGGACCUGUUAGCUCGCUUCCUUCAUGGCCUCUCAGUGGAGUCCAACCAGAGCCUCUUAGGAGGCCUGCUGGGUUGGAGAAAAAACAGUGCAGGAACCACACAGAGGGUCAUAAACAAUCUGAAGAAGAUGAACACUGAUAUGAUCUCUCCUGAUAGAAGCAUCAACAUUUUCCAGUGUCUAAUGGAGAUGCAGGACCUCUCAGUUUAUCAGGAGAUCCAACAAUUCGUAAAAUUGGGGAAGGAGCUCUCAGAGAUCCAGUGCUCAGCUCUGGCCUACAUGCUGCAAAUGUCAGAUGAGGUAUUGCAUGAGUUGGACCUGAAGAAGUACAACACAUCAGAUGAUGGACGACGUAGACUGGUUCCAGCUGUGAGGAACUGCAGAAAGGCUCGACUUGGUGGCUUUGAUCUCUCUGAGGCUGAAUGUGAAGUUGUGGCCUCAGCUCUGAAGUCUAACCUUCAUCUGACUGAAGUAAAAAUAGAUUGGGUCUUUGGAGGUGAAUCCUUUGGAGACUCAGGAAUGAAGCAUUUGUGUGAGCUACUGGAGAGUUCAAUCUGCAAAGUAAAGAAACUGACAUUAAUUGACUGCAGAUUGUCAAGGAUCAGCUGGGUUUCUAUGGGUUCAGCUCUGAGAUCUAAUCCAUCCCAUCUGACAGAACUGGACCUGGCAGGAAUGGACCUGAACACUGGAAUAAAGGAGCUUAGUGGGUUUCUCGUGUCUCCCCUCUGCCAACUACAGACAUUUACAUUGAUUGGCUGCAGUUUUUCAGAGAUCAGCUGUGCUUCUCUGGUCUCAGCUCUGAAGUCCAACCCCUCACAUCUGGAACAUCUGGACCUAAGCUACAACAACCUGAAGGAGUCAGAUGUUCAGCAGCUGCAACAUCUAUUAGAGAGUCCAGACUACAAACUAAAGUAUCUGAAGUGGAGCUGAUGAUCAUUGUAGAGGAGAGAAGCUGAUCUGCGUCCUGCUGAUCCACAGAGGUUGAAGCUGCAGCAGUUUGUUUAAAGAUGCCCUGACUGGAUCCUGAUAAUGAACUCUGGGAUUAGAGAUUUUCCUCACUUUUAUUUCAUUCUGUCUGUCACUUAGUGUCUGAUAUUGCCCGUUUCUUCGUUCACAAGAACGUGAGUACGGACUCAUGUUCUCGCCAAGUACGUUCUUGAGAAGAACACAGGAAAGUAUGGACUUGGGAAGAACAGGAGCACCCAGCAUAGACAUGGGUCAACUGGAACAGAGCGUACCAGUGACGUCACCACACGCUUGGCUCGUCUGAAGCUGCAUUUCACCUCCAGUUAUUAAUAGUCUAGAUCGGAGGUCUUCAACAGGGGUCCACGACCCCUAGGG